CAUGCGAGGUGGCCAGGGCCGGGAGAGAAGGCACAUGCGCAAGUGUUUGUGCACGCUCGCUCCCACGAAACCCGGCCAUCUCUGCAGCCGGAGGAUAGAUAAUAACUGCGCUUUUGCGGCCACCACUCCGGACAUUACAGCAGUGGCCGUAACCCCUAAAAACGGGGUUAUAAACAUGACAUUUACAGGAGUUACAUCCACAUUUGAAAAUGAAAGUAUAUUCAAGAAACGUUUACUGGAGGCCAAGGAAUGGAUAUAAAGUGGAUUGUGGAGGUGAGACAUCCCCUUUAAGGAGCCUCCCCAGUGCUUCCUUAAUAACGCCCCCUUCCCCCGCUGAGCUCCUCUUACCUGUCCUGGUACAUUGGCAGUCGGAACAGAGAAGAGAGUCUGCACUGCUGGGCUGAGGAGAAGAUGUCCUCCCGAGUAGAUCUUCCAUGGAUUGACCUACGCUGGAGUCUAGUCUGCACAGAAGACGAUGGCGAACAUCUUGAUAAGAACUUACGAGAACAGAGACUAUGACGUCGUACUUGAGAUAUUUGCCCGGGGGAUAAUGGACUACCUCCCCAGUACCAGCAUGUAUCUGCUGGGGCUUCAUCAGGUUCAUGUGAUUAUCCUUGUGUCGUUCAUCAUCUUCUACUUGGUCUUCAGCUCUUUCCUUGUGUCUUUGUUGGGUGUGGUGGCCCUUUUGGCUGGAGCUCGACUUCUUCUUGAAUUUGUCUUUCAUAAGAUUAUAAAGAAGGCCCACAAGUUGGACUUACAGAACAUAGAAGAGUCCUACAUGUCUGGGCAGAAUUCCUGCUUUUGGGUGGCAGAAGUCAAUGGUCGGGUUGUUGGUAUGGUUGGUGUCAAACCUGUCCAAGGAUCUCCUCAUGAAGUGGAACUGAGACGACUGUCUGUGGCCAAGGAGCACCGGCACAAGGGGAUUGCUAGAAGGCUUUGCAUGCACGUCAUUGACUAUGCCCAUCAACGUGGAUAUGAACACGUGACUUUAAAUACCUCGACCAUACAACAUGCGGCUCAUAAGCUCUACCUGAAAUUGGGAUUUAGGAAAACAAAAUCCAAGCCGGUGUCAGACCCAUUCGGAAGACUGGUAGAUGUGACUGUCACCUAUUACACGUAUGAUAUAAAGGCAUAACUUGUACCCCCAAAGUUCUAGGAACAGAGAAUGUUGUGAAUACAUGAUCUUUUGACUUGUUUCCUAGAUCUUGGUGUUUAUAUGUUCUGAUUAUAUAUGGACAGAAACUUGUUCUAGGCUUUGACCUUUCUGUAACCAGAGAUGAUCUCUUGGGGUAUGUUCACAUUGCAGGUUUGAAAGAAUGUCUGAGGCAGAAAUCUGAAGCUAAGCCUUGGAUUCUGCCAUUAAUUUACAAUGUGCACUGUCACACAUCCAACCACUGAUUCACCCCUUCCAAUCUCAUGGAAAUUGCAAGGCAUGUCAAUGCUUGUGUGAAGGUUCUCGUUCAUCCAGGUCAGUAGUAAUUAGUCAAACCAACUGGACUUUUAUUUUGUUCCUUGAAGACACCUUACCAGUCUUCCAACUGGCUUUCUCAGUUACAAUAACUUGAACUAAAAAUCUCCACCAUUAAAUACUACUGACUCAUGCUUCAGUCUGCCUAAUCUGUUUAUCAUAAUCACUACAAGGUCUAGGACUUUAUUAAAGGGGUGUGACAGUAAUUCUGCCACUUACCAUGCUGUUCUAAUACUUCUCCCGAGGCAGUUUAAUCACACAUCAUACAAAUGCUAUCAACACAUUACCUCUAUGAAGUCCUUGACCUUGUAGUGUUUAUGAUAUUAUGAUAUUAUUAGAUUAUUCUCAGAAAGCCAGUUAGAUGACCAGCAAAGCGUCUUCAAGGAAAGAACUGCCAGUCCACUUGUUGUGACUUUACUACUGAUACAUGUCAAUACCUUCUUAUAUCAUAUGGAUUUCAAAUCUGCAUCUGUGUGUGAACUACGAUGCGGUUUCCUACUGAAGAGAAUGUGAAGCAGAAUACAUGUGGAUUUCGACUGAUAUGGGCAACUAUUUGGUUCGCUUUUAGGGGCUUCUUACUCGUUCCUUCUCCCACAUAGGAGACAAUGAUGACCUACAUGCCACUAGUCACACAGAAGACAAAAUACACAAUGAGAUGAACUUUCUUAUGUUACUGCAGAAUAUAAUAUCUAUCAGUACUUAUAGGAUCCAGGGGCGGAUAUACCGCCUGUGCAGCUGGUUUAG